AUGCGCUACGCUAUUUGCAUUCGCGGGCCCCUUUCAGUGGUCCAUGGCGACCUGAAGUCCUCAAACACGUUCGUGCAGCAUUUGUGUUUCAAUGGCUGCAUCAUUGCGCUCACGAAGCUGCUAGAUUUCGGCAUCGCGCGCCUGCUCACUCGCUCGGCGGAGCCUUUGGGCGGCACAACGCGGUGGAGGGCUCCCGACCUGUUCGGGGAGAAGAUUGUUCGUCCAGAGGCGGCAGCGGAUGUGUACUCGGUCGGCUUGUUGAUGUUCUUCAUCGUAAUUGGGACGUUGCUUUUCCAGCAUGUUCAUGGCAAAGAGAUUGGCCGAAGAAGAGUUGAGAAGCAGCCGCUCUUCUUAUCUUGGCCUGAUGACCGCAGCGACAUGUUGAGCUUGCAGUGUUGGUGCACCGCUUCGGUGGAGCUACGUACGCACGCAGGUGUGGCCAGAGGAACGACCGAGUGUCUAGGCUGUUUGUGA